UCAGAUCUCUUUACAUGACCCAGCAUCUGUCUAUAUAAGCAGCUGGUAGUAAUAUAUUGCUUCACUCAUGCAAGGAUAGAGAUCACGUAAAAAUGGCUAGUGCUUUCUUUUUCAUUGCCUUUGUCUUUCUUAUUACUUUGAAACUCAGCCCUGUCAAUGGUGCUCCCAAUUGUGGACCAAUUGUAGCCGAUGAUACUGAUCGGAUUCAGUUUGCUCUUAACCUUGAAUUCCUUGAAGCAGAGUUUUUCUUAAAUGGUGCACUUGGUCAUGGACUUGACAGCAUAGAGCCAUCUUAUGCUCAGGGCGGUCCACCUCCAAUUGGUGCUACCAAGGCCAAUCUUGACCCUCUAGUUCGUCAGAUCUUUGAGGAAUUUGGUUAUCAAGAAGUUGGUCAUCUCAGGGCUAUUAUUACAAGAGUAGGUGGAAUUCCCAGGCCGCUGUUGGAUCUCAGCCCUCAGAAUUUUGCUAAAAUAUUUGAUGAAGCAGCUGGUUUCAAAUUGAGCCCUCCAUUUGACCCUUACUUGAACACAGUGAACUAUCUCUUAGCAACCUAUGUUAUCCCUUAUGUAGGACUAGUGGGUUAUGUUGGCACCAUUCCAAACCUUUCCAAAAAAAGUUCUCUAAGUUUGGUUGCAUCGCUUUUAGGCGUGGAGGCUGGACAAGAUGCAGUGAUACGAACAUUACUCUAUGAGAGAGCCGAAGAAAAGGUGUUGCCAUAUGACAUAACUGUGGCACAGUUCACAGACUAUAUCUCUCGUCUUAGGAACAAUUUGGCCAUGUGUGGUAUCAAAGAUGAAGGCAUUAUAGUACCUCCAUACCUUGGUGCAGAGAAUCGUACGGACAGCAACAUACUCUCAGCUAAUACAGAUUCUGUUUCAUAUGCUAGGACACCACCUGAGAUCUUAAGGAUAGUGUAUGGAACUGGAAAUGAACACGUACCAGGUGGGUUUUAUCCUCAUGGUGGAGGUGGUAACAUUGCAAGGAGCUUUCUCAAGAAAGCUUGAUUAUUUGGAGACUUUAUUUGUAUUAAUAUAUAUUUUGGUGCAUUGAAGUCAAACAUGGUUGUUAAAUUGUUACGUCUAUUUAUGGAGUGGAUAAUGACUGUUUUUUAAAAUAAUUCAAAGAUGAAUGUCAAAAUUAGGUGUA